UCUAUUAUAAUUGAAAAUCUAUAUACGAGAAACACCACCGAUAAAUUAAUUGGGUAAAAGAGCACAGGUGUUCACAUCUCUGCAAGUUGACGAAGCUACAUGAUUCCCUUACCAGCCGUAAAUUCAUCAGAGCUCCACAUCUUCAUAUACCAAUAGUUUCGAGGAGGAAGUACUUCACCUUGACAUGGCUUCCUCUCACCCACCUACCAGUUGCUCGAGUCCUCCCUUUCGCAGGCACAAGGAACUGAUCACUUCCAAGCAUCCCCGAGUAAUUAGAUGCCAGAGCUUUCGAGAAGAUGUUUUGAAACCGUGGUUGGCAGGAACAUCUGCAAAUAUCGUUGAUGCAAAUCUGGGCAUUCUAAGAGGCAGAAUAGCAGAAGUAAAGAUGAAGGAGAAGUUGGACGCAUGGUGCAGACUAAAAAAUGACUGGAAUUAUCAGUCUGGUUAUGAUCACAAAUACAAGAGAGAUGCUAUGUUAUCCGAGUCUUUAGAAAUUAUGGGGUUUGCGAGCGGUGCACUUGGGUUCGUCUUUCUUUCCGGCUCUCUUUGCAUCUGGCUUGUUUCUCUUCUAGUUCAUUUGACUCGAUGAAAGGGAGUAAAAAAAUCUUGUAAGUAUAUUUUUAUCGACAUAUAUAUUGUGGAUUCAGCUUUUGUUUAGAUCUGUUCAGCUCCAUAAGGCAAGACUUUGCUCCACCGAAUGUAUCUUUUUUUCUAUCCUUAGGAGGACAAGAAAGGGGAAAAAAAAGAAACAAAUUAAAGAAAAAGCUAGCACCAGAUAUUUAUUAUUAGUGA